AUGUUCACCAGAGUCACUCCCCAGCGUCUGCUGCUCCUGCUCUCGUCCACGCUCCUGCUCCUCUGGCUAGGCUGCUGGCACAGCACCGCGCCGCCUCCUCCCAGCAGGACCCACAUCCUCCUCCUCUCCAGCUGGCGCUUGGGCUCCACCUUCGCCGGCCAGCUCUUCAGCCAGCACCCCGAUGUCUUCUACCUGAUGGAGCCAGCCAAGCACGUCUGGCACCACCUGCCCGGAGGCAGCCCGGAGCUGCUGCAGGGGCCUGCCCGGGACCUGAUCCAUGCCCUCUUCCGGUGUGAGAUGGCCGUGCUGCAGGACUUUGUGCAUCAGCCCCACCGGGUGUCCCAGAUCUUCAUGUUGCACAUGAGUCGGGCCCUCUGCUCCCCACCCACCUGUGAGGCCUUCCGGGGUGGGGACAUUGUGAGGCAGGUGAAGUGCGAGGCCCACUGCAAUGCCAGCCCCUUUGGGAAGGCGGCGGAGACCUGCGUCACCUACAGUCACAUGGCGCUGAAGGUCGUCAGUUUCUUCCAGCUGGAGGUGCUCUAUCCGCUCUUGACCAAUGCGGCCCUCGACCUCUGCAUCAUCCACCUGCUGCAGGACCCCCGGGCUGUCUACGCCACCCGCCGGCUCAUCUCACUCUACCCGGAUGACCUGCUCAUCAGCUGGGCCCACAAUGCCAUGCCCAACGCCCGGCUGGUCAUGCACAAAGUCUGCCACAGCCAAGCCGGCAUGUACCUGGCCACCUUUCGCCACCCACCUCCUGCCCUGCAUGGACGCUACCUCCUGACCUGCUAUGAAGACCUGGUCAGGGAUCCACUGGGCCAGGUGGCCGAGUGGUACUGCUACACCAGCUUGGCCUCCUCCCCCCAGCUCAAGGCCUGGGUGCAUAACAUCACCCACUGGUCCAGGCCUGAGGACCCUGAGUCCUCAGUGCAGAGAGAUGCCAGCAAGGUCUUGCUGGCCUGGAGGCACCAGCUUAGCUUCCACCAGGUGCAGGAAGUGCAGGAGAUCUGCAAGCCGGCCAUGGAGGUCUUUGGGUACCGGCCAGUCAGGUCAGAGGAGGAGCAGAGGGACCUCGCGAAGGACCUGGUGCUUCCAAGAGAAAGAGCUUGA